GAUCCGGCUUCACCAACGAGCCCAAUAUUUCCCCCGUUGCCUUCCAAGUGACUGCUUGCCAUGGUUCCGUCACAUUUUUAAAGUCAACCGUCCCAUCUUCCCCAUCUUGCCCAUCCACCCUCAGCAAGCCGCACCUGAGGAAACCCCUCUGGAUCCGUGGAGGGCUACGUCUUGCCUUCCUGAAUCGUCCGUGGGAAGCAGAUUCUGCACCACACCCGGCUCGGUCGACAUAGACGAGGCUAUGGACAUGUACAGGCCAGGAAACAGGGCACCUCUGGCUGCGAUUUUCGUCCACGCGGGUGCAGGAUACCACAGCACUGCAAAUGAGCUGACUCACCUAGAUGCUUGCAACGAGGCUGCUCGCGUGGCAAUGCGAUUUUUGCAAAACGGGGCCGACUCCACGGUCGCUGUCGAAGCAGCCAUCAAGUGCCUUGAGGACAGGGAAAUAACAAAUGCAGGCUAUGGGAGCAAUCUGAACAUCGACGGCGUUGUCGAGGGCGACGCAACCAUCGUCGACCACUUGGGGCGAAGUGGUGCCUGCGGUGCUGUCCCUGGUAUCAAAAACCCCAUAUCCCUCGCGAAAAUAAUACGAGACGCAAGCAUCCAGCCUUUGUCACUCUCCCGGGUCCCACCGAACAUUCUGGUAGGAAUAGGAGCGACGAAAUUUGCCCAAGAGCAUGGCAUGCCCACUGUUGUCAAUGAGUGCCUCGUCUCUAGAAAUGCGAAAGAGCGUUUCAUCCGAUGGCAUCAGGAUCUCGAGGACGCCGAGGCAGACAUGGGAAGCACGCCAUACCAAGACGAGAAUGCCGGCGUGCCAGCAUCGGGCGAAUAUGGCAAUCCGUCCAGCCAACCUCAUGCAGCGAUGCGGCAAGAUCAUCUGAACGCCCUCCUAAGUGCAACAUGGAAUGAGGGACAGCCUAACUCUCCCAGUCGCAAUGAUUGUCCCAAGCCAGAGAAUGCAUUCUUGGGGCGCAACGCACUAGACACGCCGAGUUAUUCAAAUACUUCUUCGCCAGGGACGACUCCAACAGGUGGAAAGCCCCAAGCCCUGAAGAAUCCGCUUUCUCCAAUGCGGCCGCAAGCUCUGGCAUAUCUCAGCGAUGGUUCCUCUCUCGCACCGUCUAUCUUGGCGACGAACGAACUCCCCUCUGCCGGGACAAUUGUUCCUGGCGGUUCGACAAGCUUCGAUUAUUUGCCAGACAGCGGGGAUGAUCGGCCAGGGGCGCCGGAGGCCCUCGAAGAGCGUCAUGAUUUUGACGCGGGCCAUGAUCGGAAAGAUGGCUCCACCGGUCUCAACGAAGACAAAGAUGAGGGAGAUGACGUUGAUAUGAUCAGCGACACUGUCGGUGUCAUUGCCAUUGAUCUAAUGGGACGGAUUGCUGCGGGGUCUUCUUCUGGUGGCAUCGGCAUGAAACACGCAGGUCGAAUCGGUCCAGCGGCCUUGGUGGGCAUCGGGACGGCCGUCAUCCCCGCAGAUCCUGACGAUGAAGACGGGGUCUCCGUCGCUGCGGUGACCAGCGGAACGGGCGAACAUAUGGCCACAUCGUUUGCCUCGCUCAGAUGCGCAGAGAGACUGUACCACUCCAGCCGCCGAGGACCUUGCGGUCAGGACGUCGAAGAGUUCGACGACGACGCUGUAAUUGAAUCCUUCAUCACGAUGGACUUCAUGGGCCAUCCUGGCGUCAAGAACCAGCCCACGCCGGGAGCCAUCGGAGUCAUGGCCGUCAAGCAGACCAAGUCCGGAUACUACUUCUACUUCGCGCACAACACCGACUCGUUCGCUCUCGCGUCGAUGGCCUCCACAGAGCCCGAGCCUUUGUGCACCAUGUCGCGAACGGGGAGGAGCGGCGGCGUGAUCCGGGGUGGUCGGAAGAUCCGGAUAGACUGAGAGAAACAAACGGUCGGCUUGAACAUGGAUGGAAACCCCUGACCUAUGCAGAGUCCGCGGUUGAGGCAGGGGCUGUGGAAGGUUAUCUUGGCUUUCAUUUUGACUCGGUGCCGUAUUUGGGACAGCCGGCGUUGGGUGACGAGAGGCUGGGCACUGGGAGAUGGACGACGGGGGCAGCAGAGUUGGCCGCUUCCUCGAGUAGCAGACCGGGGGGGUUGGAAGUCGUUGCGAGAUUCAUCCAUCCUCUAAUACCUACCCACCUCGAGUCCUAGACUAGGUACCUAGUAUUACC